ACCAUACGUCGUUUUGAAAGAUAGGCCCUCAAGAAAAAUGCGCACUUAACAACAUAGCGAAUAUUAUUAGGUAAACGAUUCUAGAAGAAAAAGAAGAAAAGAAUUGAUUCAUUCAUUAUGUAAAUUACACAUUGCAGCAAGAAAAUGUAAACCGGCUGGAUUUUUCGGUAACUUUCUGCAAGCAUAUCCCUUAACAUCUACCAUUAGCUCUGUAAGGCUUUGAAUUUUUGGUUGUAUUACAGGAAAAUGGAUUUUCUCCCGUGUGCAGUUGUAUCUUUGCAUGAUUCACACAGCCACGUUAUAACCCGAGGCUAACAGAUGAUAAAAUCCACCAGCAAGCAUAUGAAAAAAAUGUGACAGUGAUAGCAGGAAAGCUCGAAUCUAUCGGGGAAGGAAAGCGAAAUAUAAAAAAAAUAGCAAUGAAUGGACGCUCCGUUUUCUACUUUGCUACUACCAUCUACCAUACUGAGAAAUACAGAAAACUGAACGCAAAUAAAGGUGCGUAAAAACCCCCAAGAUACACGAUAAAAGUAAAGUACCUUAGUACAAAGUUUGUCACAAAAAAGGAGGCUAAAUCCGGAGACGAAACCGAUAUGCACGUUACCUGUUGCAACGUGUCUCCUCUUACGGCCAAACUCAGUUCGCUUUUGUACAAUCUGCCUGCCGUAGCCAACGCCCACAGGGCGCAUUAAGCACGUUGAUUCAACACAAUAUGGACAUGCGAGAGUGUGGGUAAGAGUUGUUCGGAUAAAGCAGCUUCUAUGAUGAACCAUGAAUCGGAAAAUGUCGUCUACUCCUGCAAAGAAUUUCGACGUUAAUCGUGUGCAAGACAAGCAAUGGUCAAAGCGAGAACCACAGGCAGCCGACGAUAACUACUAUAAAACUGAGUAUAAAUAUGUAAAAUAAGGUGACAAAUAUGUAUAACAUUGACAAAACAAAAGGAUUAUAAUCCUCCAAAGUCAGCCGCUGUCGCUGCUGCAGUUAACUAGUCUAAAGAAGGACGGGCGCGUACCGGAGCUAAAAUGCUGGUAUGCUCUCCCUUUUCUCUCACUCACUCACUAUCUCUCUCUGAUGAUGAUUAUGCACAUCAGCAACACCGGAACGAGUUAAAAAAUAUAUAAAAAAACAAAAAUCCUACAAAAAUGACGAAUAAAUUGUGUAAUCA